AUUUUGACCCUCUCGGCUCCCCGUACUCCUGCCGUGCAGCUGUUAGCGGACAAACAUCUGGUUAACGACCAGGGGAGGGCAGGAAACACGAUGGCAGCUGCACAUCCUCAGGACGAGCUGCUGAAGAUGACGCACAGAGAAAACUGGAAGAUGCAGCAUGAGCGUGUGCACGUGAAACACCGGGGGCACGAGGCCAUGCACGCAGAGAUGGUUCUGAUCCUCAUGGCCACGCUGCUGGUGGCUCAGAUAGUUCUGGUGCAGUGGAAGCAGAGGCAUCACCGCUCCUACAACCUCGUCACUCUGGUCCAGAUGUGGGCGGUUCCGCUGUACUUCACCGUCAGACUGUACUGGUGGAGGUUCCUGUCCAUGUGGGGGAUGUUCUCCGUCGUCACCAGCUACGUGAUCUUCAUAGCCACACGCAAGCCGCUGUCCUGCCGCACACCGAGGAUGGUCUACAAGUGGUUCCUGCUGAUCUACAAGCUGAGUUAUGCCGUGGGAGUCCUGGGCUAUCUGGCCAUCAUGUUCACCAUGUUCGGCUUCAACGUCUUCUUAAGCCAAGUUCUGUCAGGAGUUUGUGCAAAGAAGAAGCUGAACUCCACUACGGAGCAGCUGGCCGAGGCUGUUUACCGACAACUUUACAACCGUUCCAGCAACAAUUAA